GCCGGGCUGGCGGGCGGCAUGGCGCUCGCCCGGGCCUGGAACCAGAUGUCCUGGAUCUACUAUCAGUACCUGCUCGUCACCGCGCUCUACAUGCUGGAGCCCUGGGAGAGGACCGUCUUCAAUUCAAUGCUGGUUUCCAUUGUUGGAAUGGCAUUAUACACCGGUUAUGUGUUCAUGCCUCAACACAUCAUGGCAAUAUUGUAUUACUUUGAAAUUGUGCAGUGACCGAAAUGUGCCCAGGAAUUACUGGGACCAGAGUACGGGGAAGGACCCCCACCUCCGAGACCUCCCGAGAAGGACUUCAACAAAGUCUGAUGUCGGAUGUCAAGCUAGGCAACCCAAGGAUGAAUAUAAGGACAAGAAAUCCAGAUGAGGAGAUCCGGGAAGCAACCCUGGCUCGUAUAGCGUGCUCGUUCUUUUUAGUUGUAAAAGAUGCUCUUGUACAGUAGUUUUGUCUAUUUUAACAUUGUGAUUGUACUUUGAUAUCAGUAUUUUCUUAACCCUUGUGACCGUUUCAAUAUUGCACUGUGAAAGCUUUUCUUAAUAUAACUUUGAUUACAUUUUAAUUACCGUCUAUUUUUUAAAUCAGAAAUUAUUACUUUGGGCUUAUUUCUUUUGCUACUGUAUAGCAAAUGCUGUACAUCUGCCUGGGUGUAUUUCUAUUAUUAACCAGAGUUUUGUAAGAAAUGACACCAAGAUGAGAGGGGUGAGAUAUUUUCAUCGAGCAUUUCUUACAGAAGACUUCGUAAGACCGGACUCAUGAUUUUUGCUGAUUCAAAGUUUUCUCAAUGUGUAACGCGUCCAUUUUGCUGGGCUGAAGUCAAAAUAUCAGCACAUGAAACAGCGGAGGCAUCCUUCUGAAGUUAAUUAAAGGAGCAGUUAGCCUUCUAAUACCUAACUUAUUUGUGGAUUUUUCAGUGACAGAAGAGGUUGAAGAUGGAUUUCUGUGAUUAAAAGGCCUUUAAAUCCGAUUAAUUAGCAUUAUUGUUGUACAUAAUGCUCGUAACAAGGAGUGGUUUGGGAAAACGUGGGUUGGGGCUUUUCCCUGAUGCUGAUGCUAACAGUUAAUUCCUUAAAUUUUAUAAUUUCUUGGUAGCGGCUGGCGUCAUGUGCACACCUUCACAUUCUUGCAAUAUGGUGGUGAGAAGUGUGGACAGAAAUUCAAACUUUAAUAAUGAGGAGCUCAAGCUUGGUUAAUCCCGCCACUCUUUGUAAUGUGUGUGGUUUUUUUUAAAAGAUUUAUAUUCCUGAAAUGUAAAGGAUGACUACCUAAUUUUCUGAAAUGGAAACUUAUCGAAAUCAAAAGUAUGAAAUAAAAACAGCUCUAUUGAA